UUGGCUAAGCAUGUUGUGUCAGUAGUACUUCAGUCCUCUGAGAGUAUACAAUACUCAGUAUUCCAGUAAAAUACAGUAAUGUGUGUGUGAGUAACAUUCUGAGUACAGUAAGAGUCUGCACUACUCAUUCAGGAUCAUGUCUUGGUUUGGGAGGAUGUUAAACACCGGUGUGUCUGUGUGGAGCUACUCAGUACACCUCUGUACCAAACACCUUCAUACAGGUGUGUGCUCUCGUGUUCGUAUGCAUGCCAUCCCUCCAUUGAAGCAGGUGGACCGAUGGACGGAAAAAAGGAGCAUGUUUGGAGUCUAUGACAACAUUGGAAUACUGGGUGAUUUUAAAGCGCACCCUAAGAACCUGAUCAAAGGGCCGGUGUGGCUGCAAGGUUUCCGUGGAAACGAGUACCAGCGGUUGACGAGAAAGAAGAAGAUGGUUGGAGAUCGGAUGAUGACAGAUGAUAAACUGGUGCUGGAGAAGAGACUGCGCUUCCUGUACAGACGCUUCAACCGUUACGGAAAACACCGAUAAUCAAAAGACUGAUCAUUUAUUUCAAUCUGAUUUAUUAAAAUGCGCCGUUCGCUUCUCUGUCAUUUAAUACAACACAAUAAACCAGACUGCAUGAGUGGAAAAGAGUUUUGAAUAAUAAAUAGUUUUACAAUCAA